AUGCCCAUACCUCUUAUUGAUUUUCUAAGGGUAACAGGAUCACUAGAAGGUCGAGGAGAUAUCCGUUGGUUAACUGGAAAAGAUUUCAAAAUUGGAUCUCCCGUUGUAAAUAAGAAAUUGGAUGUUCCAGGUGAUAAAACUGAAGAUGUGAGCAAACUCACAAACAAACGAAUCAAGAUUGUUCCACCGAGGACAAACUUGAGAAAUUGGGAUCUCCAAACCUCUACAAGAUCAUCUUUAACAUCAUCAAAGGAUAACACCUCUACAUUCCGAAAUGCCUUGAAACCAGUUCCUAUAGUGUCCAGAAGAGAAGAAAGAAUAUCGAAAUUUAGCAGUACCAAGUCCCUUAGCGUCACAGAUCUUAGGAAAAACUUCGAAGAAAUUGCGAAAACUGUUGCAGAGGUACCAAAGUACUCGACCAAAAAGUUGGACUUAUUUCCUAAAGUAACGAAAUCAGUUGCUAGUUCUCCAGAUGCACAAUCGGAUAAGAAUGUCGUCCCAAAAAUAAAGCAAAUAUCAUCUGUAGGAAAUGAAUCAGUUAGUAAAGUUGAAGAAACUCGUGAAAAAACCUGCAAGGUAAUCCUGAAGCCAAAUGUCGUUGGAGAAAAUGUUGGUAUCACAAUAACUGGUGGAACUGAUGAAAAUAAGGAUAUCAUAGUUCAUCGAAUAAGAUAUGGAAGUGUUGCCUAUCAAGAUGGAACUCUGACGAAAGGUGAUCAUAUUGUUUCAAUCAAUGGAAAGGACACCAAAGGACUAAGUUACACAGAUGCUGUACAACUACUGAAGGUACGCAUGAGUUAAUUUUUCAAUUAGAUA